CUUGUGGUGUUAACUUCUCUAUCAAAAGUUCGGUGCACCUCGAACUUCGACCCAGCCGGAAAUUAAUUGGUAUAGUGCAACCUUAAACCACAGUUUCUGUUCAAUUUAUCUGUAUAAUAGUUUAUAAAGAGAAUAAGUCUAGCAGUCUUGUAAUUUCAAUAACCGAAAAUUUGUAGUCCAUUCAGGUCUUUGUUUUGAUAAUUGAGCUAUCGAAGCCUCAGAAUAUUCAGGGAGUGAAUUAAUGAGUCACAAGUUGCACGGUGGAGGGUUACUUCCCUUAGUUGAUUUCCGGUUUAGCCUGACUUUAUUAUUUGCUUUCUGUCAAAUGCAUAAGAUGCUGCAAGUGCUGCUUUAGCAGACUUGUCAGCGAUGUUUUUAAAUAUAAUAUGCCUACUAAGUGCAAGCUCCCAGUUACAAGACGUAGUACUGACUAUAACGAUGUCUACGGUGGUUAUUUCGAUGGCAUUGCUGAUUCUCAUGAGCUCGAUUUGGGGUCCGGUGAUGUGGUGGACAUGGGAUUUCGUAGAAAGAGUAAAUCCACUCGACGUAAAUCUAAAGGACACUCACCACGAAGUUCACUACAGUUUGCCUACAACUUUGGGUGUUUUGAACUGCUAAUUGGAAUUGGAUCCAUUUUCCUAUUUUAUGUUGACAUCGGCAGUGAUGUUUAUCUUGUGAUUCAGUAUUUUUGGGCUAAUAACCUCAUUUAUGCUAUAGUCUCACUCGUUUUAACUGCAGGGCCAUCACUUAUCACGUGUUUGCUUGGUAUUCAUUGGUAUAUUAUUGAUUAUAGGAGAGAGAAGCAUUUGUGUAAGCAAAGUGACAAAACUACCUCAGAGGCUAAUAUUUAUACCAUUUCAACAACACGAUGGAUUGUACGAUUCAUUUUCACAAUUUUCCAAAUGGGACCAGUAAUAAGGAUUUCAGAAUACAUGUACAAUGGAAAGAAAUACCAGACAGCAAAGACGACAGAAGAGAAAAAACAUUUCUACUGGCAGAUGUUGGUUGAGGAUGUUGAUGCUUGUUUGCUAAGAUUAUUUGAGUGUUUCUUGGAAUCUGCUCCACAACUGAUGUGGCAGUUGUACAUUUGGAUCACACUAAAACCACAUGAAGAUGAUGUAACAGUUUCCACAAGAGCCAUUGCACUUUUGUCCUCGUGGGGAAGUCUAGUGAUCUCACUGUUGUCAUACCACAAGUCUUUGAGAUUUUCCAAGAAGGAGAAAGAAAAUAUGAAAAAGACGCAGAUGCCUGCAUUUCUAAUAUGGCGAGCCAGUGAGGUUGGAAGCCGCAUAUUAUGUCUUGCUUUGUUUGCAUCAGUCUUCAAACUGUUUGUUUUUGUCCCUAUGCUUUUACACUGGUUUUCAGCAUCUGUCUGGUUAAUGUGCCAAAGGACUUCAUUUUACAAGAACGUUUGUUUAGAAAAAGCCUUCAAUGUCAUUUGUGGCUAUGUCAUGAUUUUCUGUUACAUUAAUCUCCGUGAGGGCCACACUCGUUUCCGCUAUCUUGUUUUCUAUAUGGUCUUUUACCUGGAAAAUGGAAUCAUGCUGUUCAUGUGGUACCUCUUCACUCCAGACAUAGGGUCCUGGUUUCACGUUUACGGACUGAUAGUCAUUUUAAUACUCUUCGUGCUGCAUGUGAUAUUCCAGCUUUUGUACUACUACUGUUGCCACCCUUCAGGGGAAAUAAAACUCUGUCUGCCUAUAGGCAACGAUGGGAAGACAUGUUGGGAGUCUCUGUGUUAUGAUCUUGAUGACUCGGCGUCACAGAGAGAUGAAUUUCCAAUAGUGAGGCCAAUGGAGAUCAUAGUCCCUGAUCCAGGCAACAGCAAUGAUGUCAAAAACGUCCCAUCGGAAGCAUACCACCGAAAUAACAGUGCUCAUACAUUUGUUUGAUAGUUUUUAUCAUAGUCCCUGAUCCAGGCAACAGCAAUGAUAUUUAAAACAUCCCAUCAGAAACAUACCACCAAAAUAACAGUACUUAUACAUUUGUUUGAUAGUUUUUACCAAUCAUCAUUUUAUUGGAUUUCUUUUGUUUUAUGUUUAUUGCCAAAGUGACCAUCAAUUGCAGUACUAAGCAUUACUCUUGUGUAUGUACUUGUUUAAGUAGUCCCAAUAAGCAGAUGUAUAUUUUUGGUCCUAUUCACUAAUAUUCUAAGAGUGGUUUAUGUGAUCAUUUAUACUCUAUGUGAACAUACAUUCUUGUGAAGACGGCUUUUGUGUAUAAUCCAGUGUUUAAGGAAUGUACAAUGAAAGCCCUCUAAACAAAACACACAUAGGGCCAAGUAAAAAGUCUGGUUUUAAGAGGUAUCCAUUCUGGUUUAGAGAGGUUAUAUAAAGAGAGGGUAUUUAAAAAGGUACAGUGAAAAAUGUCUGAUUUUGAUGGAGUUGUGUUUUAAACAGGGUCUGAUGUUUAAGAGUGUGACUGUGUAAAAUCAGUUUACUCUUUUGAACAUGUGAGAAGACUACAAAAUCUUUCUCCGAGGUAUAAGAUUUUAUUAUACAGCAGGUAGCAUAUCCAAUAAAAUAACACAAUGUGCUAUUCUUCAGAUCACAUGCUUUCAGAAUUUGAUAAUUUUGCUAAUUAGAUGCAAAUUAACCAAGUUAUAGGACUACAUUUAUGAACAUGUAAGCACAUGUGGCAAUGUUGCAGAAUUGAUAAAUACAUUCAUAGUCUUCAAACCAAAACAAUUCACCAGCAAUUUCACAUUGAAAGUUGUCGAGUAUUCUGAAAGCAAAAACGUCAUGCACCAAUUUGUUACUGUGUAAGAAUAUGCAAAAUAAUCAAUACUGGAGUCAUUCCCAUUCAAAAAGACUGCACAUCAUAGAUUCAUACGUCUACAUGUAUUUGAAUAUUAAGUAAUGGAUGACUGGAAUUAUAGUUGAAAUUAAUGUUUACCAAAAAGACAUUUGUAUCAAGCUUGAGAUCAUGUGAGAAAGAUAUUUAUAUGGAAAAGUGAAAAUAUUGCUGGACAAGUAGAUAUUUUAUUCUAGCUUAUUUCUAUCGCUGUUUAAUAACCUUUAUGUAUUGAUUAUAACAGUCCCAUAUCUGUAGUUAGUGGUAUUCCAGGAAUGAUGAAGGGGAGACAAUAUUUGUAGUUUUAUUCCCAACAGCCAUACAAUUCUAUAAUUUGGAUUUAUUUGCAUAGAACAUUUCCCACCAAUUCUCAAUUCUUGAUUUCUGUGUUCUCCUCUUUUCUCCCCUUCUUCGUGUGAUCAUUUCUGGUAUAUCCCACAAACCGUGUAAAUAUAUUUGUCAAAAGGCAUUAACAAACAACUGUACCACACUGUAAACAAUUUACAAUGGGUUUUUUUGGUUUUUUAAGACAUGUAUCGAUUCUUUUAUAUUUUACAGAUUUAGAAUGAUGCAUUUUACAUAUAAAUGGCUUCUUUUGGGGUUUUUGCACCAAUAAAAGGCAGCAGAAUUAUAUACAUGUGACUAUUAUUAGUAUAUCGUUGUGAUUGGGGGUUUGGGGGGGGGGGGGGGGUACUAAAUGUUGGGGAAGGCGUACCAGUAACAUUUUCAAAACAAUAUAGCAUUUUUCAGCCAGUCAGUACAUUUUAUAACAGAGAAAUUGUUUUUGUAGUACUGGUAUUUAUUUUCCACAAAGAAUAUAAAUAAAUACAUGCUUCCUCAAACUGCAUUGAUUAGGCAGUUUUAUAUUGGCAUAAUUCAGGUACUGUUCAUGUAAAAUUUAUUGAAUGAAACAUAUAUUUUAUAAUCUUAUCUUUUGUUUUUUAAUUUGAAUAAAUGUUUAUGUGAAAACAAAAGUAGGUGGUGCACAUCUUUUUGCAGGUGAACAUUUUCAGGUGAUGCAAAAACAAAACAAAAACUUAAAAAGAAAUUGGACACGCCUGAAAUACAACCUGAAAUCCCCAUUGAAGUUGGCCAAGUGAAGUCACUGUGAAUUGGGAAGGGAGGGAUGUGGAUAGCAAAGAACUUUUAACUUGAAGAGGUUAUACCAGUUCAAAACAUAUGGUAGCUGGGAGGGUGAAUGCCUGAUUUUACAUUACAGCCUCUAGUGUAAGUGAGAGCAGUUCUAGGAUUCUAGGAUGUAGGGUAGUUCUAGGAUGUAGUUCAGUGUUAGACUGCUGUAAGGUUUCCCCCCAUUUGUGGUAUGUAGUGCUCUGCAGGGCUAGCUCUGGGUCAGUAGAAAAUUUCACCAAAUUAUGUAAUAAAUUUCAAAAUUUCAUAGAUAACCAGUUAUUAUAAAACAUGACAUCAAUUAUAACAAAAUUAUUUUGCCAAAUUAAAAAAAAAAUGUGCCAGUUAUUUUUAAAAUUCACAGUUUGGCGAAUGCCAAAGCUAGCCCAGUUCUAUCUUUUUAAAUAUGAAGUAUCAAACUUAGACACCAAUUGUUUAAUAGUUUAAAAUGUACUCUGGUGUCAUAAAUAGAAAAUUUACUAUUUAUUCUUUUUGGAGAAGCUGUUUUUAUAGAUUGUAGAUUGAUGACAGAUAGAAAACCACAAUAGCAUUAUAUUAUGAUUUGACUCCUUUGAUAUUCAAAGACAUUAAUGUACAUAGUUAAAGUCAGAUAGAUUUUUGUAUCGGAUAUUUUAUACUUGUUAUGUGCAUUUUCAACACUGUGUUGAGUAUAAUAACUUAAUAGUAAUCAUGAGGGUAAGAUUUGCUCCUACCAAGUCACAUGGUUACAAUAAAUACAAUGAAAAACUUGCAUUUGUUAUGAGAUAUCAAUUUUCUUUUACCCAUGUGUUUAAUUUAAAAUAAUAAUACAGAGAAAACCUAAUUGCAUGUAAAUAUUAGAAUAGUUUUAUAUUGCAUAAUUAAAACCUUUAUGUGGUGAUAUUAAAAAGAACAAUAUAAUCAAUACUUUCUUUCCUAUGCACAGUAUACUGGUAUUACUAUCAGGUAGAUUGUUUUAUUUGACUACGGCUAAAGUAUAUGAUUGGGCUUGUGACAGUGUGGAGUAGCCAAAUGUGUCAUGGUAAUCAUAAUACGCUUGAAUCCUGUUCACUCGAUCCCCUUUGGGGCUCGAAAAAGUGUUCACCAUAUCAGGUAGUUCGACUCAACCAUUCGGUCAACAUCGUGUCAGUGUAACUCGGGACUUAAUCUUUGGUUUGAGUGUUGCGAUGUAUUCGACCCUUCCAAGUUUGACCCAACAAGAUUCUACUGUAUUUCAAUAAUUAAAACACAUUAAUGACAAAAUGGCUGUACGUUUGUUGGCCUAUGAAAUAACUUAAUUUUAUAUAUAUAUCUAUCUAUCUGUAUA